AUGGCGACAAAACAGAAACGGGCACUGUUGACAAUUGCCGACAGGUAUGAUAUCCUUCAACUGAUAAUAAAUGGUGAGACUCACAAAUCCAUAGCAAAAAGGUACAAUCUUAAACUUAACACUGUGAGCAAAAUAAAAUCAAACAAGAAACAGAUAAGAGUAAAUUUCGAGGGCAGCUCAGCGGCUGCUAGUAGUUCUACAAAACAUUUUAAAAAGUCAGAGCAUAUACAAUUAGAAAACGUUCUUUACCGGUGGUAUUUACGAAAUAGAGAUAAAAACGCACGAGUGACAGGAAAAAUGAUAUCCCAAAAAGCUAUGGAACUUAAGGAAAAAUUACAGAUAAAAUCUGAUUUCAUAGCCAGUGCCCGUUGGGUGGCAAAAUUUAAAACUCGUUACCGUCUCCGUAAAAAGGAUAUCGAUGAACAUUUUCGAAUCACAAAUAAAGCUGAAGCGGAUAUCGCCAAAUCUAACUUUGAAAAACUUCUGUUAAACGAGGGAUACUCAUUGGACAACGUUUACAAUGCCGAUAACACAGGAAUAACGUGGAGAACAGUACCAGAAGAAACUUCGAUCUUCCAUCAUGAGAGAACGAUAAAAAAAAAAGAAAAGAUGGAAGAAGAGGUUACUGCAUUUCUUUGUGCAAAUGUCACCGGAAGUCACAUGUUGCCAAUACUAAUAAUAGGCGGAAGUAAUAAAUCUCGACGUAACAGAAAUUAUAAUUCAAAUGAUCUGUCAGUUAUGUACAGAACUAACACCAACGGUUUGCUGGACAGUAAAAUUUUCAAUGAAUGGUUCGAUGAAUGUUUCUUAAAAUCAAUUACAGAAAAACAAAUGAAAACCGGACGCAGAGAGAAAACUCUGUUGUUGCUAGAUAACGCUGGCUCGAGUCACGAAAGCGGGUUAAUAAAUACAAAAGAUGAAUUAGUUAAAAUCAUGUAUUUUGCAUUUGACGUUACACCGCUCAUACAACCAAUGGAUCAUGGAAUAAUCGCAUGUUUCAAGCGAAUAUACCGAAAAGAUUUUCUGAGAACAAUAAUGCCAAUAUCUGAUUACCGUACAGUGGACGAAGUCAUAGCAAAUCAUGACAAAUUAGGGUUCAGGGAUUGUUGUCGCAUAAUGCGUGAUGCUUGGUUAAAGGUCGACAAGGUAAUACUGGAAAACGCGUGGAACAAGCUUUUAAACCGUGAAAGCAAAAAGAGUACGGAAAACAUCGAAAUAAGAGAAAGGGACAUAGAUGAAACAUUGCACUUACUGCAGCGAUUACCAGGAUGCGAAGGGUGUGACAGAGCCUCUGUAAUAUGUUGGUUUGAAAGUGAUAUCAACAAAGAAAUAGGUACGACCGAUAUUCUUGUAGAUUUUGUAAAGGAAAAUAUAGACAACGAACUUAGCUUUGAAGACAUAGUUGAAUAA